AGAGAAUUCUUGAUAUGCGCCAUAAUAUCAAAGUGAUCUUUAAAUAAUGAGGGGGCUGCCAUGUUGACAAAAGGAAAUACCUUGCUGAUUUCAAUCUCCACACACGUAUUGGUUGUGCUCGAGAACUUCUUUUUUUUUUUUCCCUCCUUGUUUAAUAAUUAAAAUGCCUUCAGAGAGUAAAAAGAGAGUUUGCUAUUUUUAUGAUGCCAAUGUGGGUAAUUAUCAUUAUGGACCUGGCCAUCCUAUGCGACCCCAUAGAAUAAGAAUGUGUCAUGGUCUAGUGAUGAAUUAUGGAUUAUACAAAAAAAUGGAAAUAUAUAGAGCGAAACCUGCAAACAAAUGGGAAAUGACCCAAUUCCACACAGACGACUAUAUUGAUUUCUUAUCGCGUGUUACUCCUGAAAAUAUGGAUCAGUUUCAAAAAGAACAAGCUAAAUUCAACGUGGGUGAUGAUUCACCCGUAUUCGAAGGUUUAUUCGAGUAUUGUGGAUUAAGUGCAGGUGGAUCCAUGGAGGGUGCGGCCAGAUUGAAUCGAGGAUUGUGUGAUAUCGCCAUCAAUUGGGCGGGCGGCCUUCAUCACGCAAAAAAGUCUGAAGCUUCCGGUUUCUGUUAUGUGAAUGAUAUCGUUUUGGGUAUUCUCGAAUUACUUCGAUACUAUGCUCGUGUGUUAUAUAUUGACAUUGAUGUGCAUCACGGUGAUGGAGUCGAAGAAGCAUUUUAUACAACAGAUCGUGUCAUGACGGUCAGCUUUCAUAAAUAUGGUGAGUUUUUCCCUGGGACGGGUGAACUGAAAGAUGUGGGUGUUCAAAAAGGAAAAUAUUACAGUGUGAAUGUGCCACUGAGAGAUGGUAUUGAUGAUGAAAGCUACCGAACUACCUUUGAACCUGUGAUUGAAAAAGUCAUGGAAUGGUAUAGACCUGCUGCUGUUGUCUUGCAGUGUGGUGGUGAUUCAUUGAGUGGAGAUAAACUUGGUUGCUUUAAUCUUUCAAUGAAAGGACAUGCCAACUGUGUUCGAUUCGUAAAGAAAUUUAAUUUGCCUACUUUGGUAUUAGGAGGAGGAGGCUACACGAUGAGAAAUGUAGCAAGAGCAUGGGCUUAUGAAACAGGAGUGGUUGUUGGUCAAGAAAUUGGCCCAGAGAUGCCAUAUAAUGAUUACUAUGAAUAUUUUGGACCUGAUUACAAACUUGACGUUCGUCCCAGUAAUAUGGAAAAUCUCAAUACACCCGAUUAUUUAGAAAAGAUCAAAACACAAGUAUUUGAAAAUUUAUCUAGAACGUUAUUUGCUCCUAGUGUUCAAAUGCAAGAGGUGCCUCGUGAUAUGGACAUGUCUGAAGAUGAGGACGAACAAGAUGCGGAUGAUCGAUACUCACAAAACUUUUGGGAUCGUCGUAUUGUGCCUGAUAAUGAAUAUUAUGAUUCAGAUGAAGGUGAAGCACAAGGCACAACAGAUAAUCUCAAGAGUAGACAUGAAAGAAAUUAUAGAGAGGACAAUCAGGUAGAACAAUCAAGGACAGCUAGUCCAGAAGCAGUCAAUAAUGUAAAAAUAUCACAAGAAGAAGAAAAGGAACUUGCUGAAGCAUUGAGAGAAGAAGAAAAGGAGGCUGACAUAAAGACAGAACAGGAUAUCAAUACGGACGCAUUGCUAAAUAGCGACAACAAACCUGAUACAGAUGUAGAAAUGACAGACGCUUUUACAAAUCCAGUGGAUGAUCAGCCUCACAUUCCCAAAUCAGCAACAGAAAGUGAGGAAGAGGGAGAGGUCAAAUCCACGCAUAGCCAGUCUCCUCGCUCAAGGUCACCGCACACACAAAGUGAGAUGCAUAUGUCUGUUGAUAACUUUUCUAAAGAAAAUGACGUACAUCCUUCACCUUAUGAAGAUGCAUUAGAAGACGGCGAAAUUGCCGAAUAAAUCUUGAUUUAAUCGGGG